AUGGCAUCGACCAAGCGCGUCAGCUCCAAGACCGGCUCGGUUGUCGACCUUCCGCACGCCCUCACCUCGAUCGUCCAAUGCUUGCAGUCGGCACGUGACGUUAUCGCCUUUCUAUCGGCGCUGCCUACGCCUGCGCUCGAUGCGCCCUUGGCUGCACUCAUGCAACUUCUGACGCGACCGGGUCCAUUGCUGUAUACGUGGCCUGCGCUCCUUCUAGACGACAUCGACUGCGACGACGAUAGCACCGUUGCGCUCUAUCAUACGGCGCUCCCAACUCUCGCGUCUGUCCGCGCCGAAGAACUCAAGUUGUUUCAGCGUUUUAUGCGUCCUCGAGCGAACACGCCCGCGCAAGGCUUGAUCAACUUUAGCUCGCAGUGGCCGCUCAAGAUCACGCACGUGAAAGAGAGGUGGCUGCGCGCGAUCGACGUUGCGGCCUAUUGCACCGUGCUGCGUCGCUGCACGCGGCUCGAGACGAUUGAAGUCGACGCCACAGCAAACACCAGCGACAUCCUCGCCGCCAUCACGACGUCCGCUCAUCGCGUGCACACGCUCUUUGUCUCUGCGUCGGCUUGCGCUCCGACGAUGAACUGGGCCUUGCUUCUGCAGCCAUGGCUCUCGAGUGGCCACGCUCGACGCGUGUCGUUCAAAUAUUUUCGGACAACCGACUGCAACGCGCUGGCGCACGCACUGGCCACCACGAAAUCGCUUCAAGGCUUUCAUAUUGGAGACAUGGACAAACUACAGAGCGAGCUUCUUCGAUGGAACCUGCCCUUACACCACAUCACGGAGCUGGACCUGACGAUGUCCUACUCCAUCAUGCAGCUCAUAGACGUUACCAAGCUCAUAUCUCUCACGCUCGAUUGCGACGACGAGAUCUCGGCGUUGGAGGUCGUUGGCCGCGUACCACGCAUGACUGCACUGCGCCAUCUCUCGCUAUGCCGGGUCCACCUCCGUGAGGUAGACAUGGCGCAGUGGCCGCACCUCGAAAGCCUCUCUUUGACGCGGGUCAAGUUGACUCACGCGGUUUUCGACUCGAUGUUCGCCUACCUCAACAACGUGCAAGGCCUGCAGCGGUUGACAUUCGGUCGCAUGUCCAGAGUUUACGUCCCUGCCUGGAGUCGCACGCUCGGCAGCUUGAUCAACAGCGGGCUUGUGGCAGUGCGAUUGACCGGCUAUUUCUUCGACGUCUGCAACGCCGGGCGCCUUGCGUUUGCCUUGCGCCAGAGAUGCACCGCGUUGCCACUGAGACUGGACCUAUGCUACGAUGAAUUUUGUUUUGACGCCGUCCGUGUGCUCGUGGAAGCCCUUGUGGUCUGCACCAAUGUGAGUGUCCAAAUGGAACCCGGCAGCUGUGCGAUAUUCGAUUUAUACCACGAUGCAGUUCGACCGUUUCUGGAGGACCUCCGAACGACGCGUGGUCCAAACAUGGCAGAGAUCGCUGUGGUCUAUCACCCCGAGGCAAAUGCCAUGACAACGAUCUUUACGUAA